UCAACAAAGUCUGGAUCAUCAUGUCAUGUUCAAAGCAAUUUAAACACUGCAAAGCUCUGUUUUGCAAUUUUAACGCACUUAAAACAACAUGCCAAGUCCAUCAGUUGCAGUAUGCAAGGGUAGUGUGCAGAUACAAUUCGCAUGAUUCCCAAAGACCAAGUUUUAGUGAAAAACUUAAUCAAGGACCCACUUUUCAGCACUUUGUUGCGAACUCCGGUAAAGGAAAGGAAAAUUACUUGUAUGGGGACACAGAAUCUGUACCGUAUUUAGAAGAGGACGUUUAUUCUGGCCAUGGUAGAAAAGUAUACUUUGAUACAUAUGGAUGCCAGAUGAAUUUCAAUGAUACAGAAAUAGCCUGGAGUAUUUUGAAAGAUAAGGGAUAUUCCAAAUCUGAAUCUGUGAAAGAGGCUGAUAUAGUUUUGCUGAUGACAUGUUCCAUAAGAGACAAUGCUGAACAGAAGAUCUGGAAUAUGGUAGAGAGAUAUAAAGGAUUCAAGAGAAAGGCUGGGAAAAAGAACCCAUUGCGCAUUGGGAUUCUAGGUUGCAUGGCUGAGAGACUGAAACACAAGAUUUUGGACAAGGAGAAAAUGGUGGACUUGGUUUGUGGUCCUGAUGCCUACAGAGAUCUGCCACGACUGUUAGCAAUGACACCAGAGUCCAGACAAUCAGCUGUGAAUGUCAUGUUGUCACUAGAGGAGACAUAUGCUGAUGUGAUGCCUGUUAGAAUAAAUGAAGAUUCCAAAACUGCAUUUGUAUCUAUAACUCGAGGGUGUAACAACAUGUGUUCCUACUGUAUUGUACCCUUCACUAGAGGGAGGGAGAGAAGUCGACCUAUAUCCUCCAUACUGGAAGAGGUCAGGAUGCUGUCAGAUCAGGGUAUCAAAGAAAUUACAUUACUGGGACAAAAUGUGAAUAGUUAUUGUGACAAAACAGAGGAAGUGCAUUACGGGGGACUACCUUGCACUGAGCCUCAGUCUGAGGUGUUAAGUAAAGGUUUUAAGACAAUUUACAAACUAAAACCUGGAGGGAGGAGGUUCAGUCAUCUCCUGGACCAGGUGUCUCAGAUUGACCCAGGUAUGAGGAUCCGCUUCACUUCUCCACACCCAAAAGAUUUUCCAGAUGAGGUGCUGUAUUUGAUCCGAGAUCGAACCAAUAUCUGCAACAAGAUCCAUUUACCAGCCCAGAGUGGAAGUACAGCAAUACUUCACGCAAUGAGAAGAGGACACACAAGGGAAGCUUAUUUAGACUUAGUUCACCACAUCAGAGAAAUAAUACCAGAUGUGUCAUUAACUAGCGAUUUUAUUGUGGGGUUCUGUGGAGAAACAGAGGAGGAUCACCAAGACACUUUGUCCCUCAUUGAGGAAGUCGGGUACCAGUAUGUGUAUCAGUUCCCAUACAGCAUGAGGCAGAAAACUCAUGCCCACCAUCAUUUAAAAGACACAGUUCCACAGUCUGUGAAACUACAGAGGACACAGGAAGUGAUAGACUGUGCCAGGAAAGGAAUGCUAGGAUUGAACCAAUCUCAGAUAGGCCAGGAACAGCUUGUUCUCAUAGAGGGGACUAGCAAGAGAUCUAGCAGUGAUAUGUGGGGAAGAAAUGAUGGCAGUAUAAAAGUUAUAAUUCCCAACAACCCCAUUCCUAGUUCUGACGGAGGGAGCUGUUUGAAGAACAUAGCUUUAGGAGAUUAUGUUGUGGUUAAGAUUUUAUCUGCAAAUUCCCAGACUUUGUUUGGAGAGCCAUUAUACCACAGCAGUCUUGUGAACUAUACAGCUACACCUGAAUCUGUGUCAAGGACAGCCUCAAUUUCAUGAUAGUCAACCUUCAACUAAAGAAAAAGAUUAGUGAAUACAAUGACCCCUUGUUAUUGUCAGAGACCUGAUAAGUGAACCUCUUCAUUUCGUAUCUCUUUUACAACUGAAAGUACAAGGACCUUGCAUGUGUUACUUUUGUUUGUUUGAUGUUAUUAAAUGAAUUAGUUGAAGUUAUUAUUAUUUUGUUUUGUUUUUGUCUUGCCAUGCAAUGAUUUUAUGCACAUUAAUGUUUUCUUGUACAUGCAUUAAAAUAAACUUUUAUAUUUCAA